CUACCGAGUCAGCCCUCCGCAUGUGCUACCACCGCAGGCUCCUCUACGGAGCAUGCAACCACUCCGCCUGGCUCGCAAAGGCACAGUCCUGCGAGACCGAGAAGGCUUUCGAAGCCGGAAGCAACGCCGUGGGGUGCAGUUGGAUGUUUGCGCAUCCCCUGACCACUACGCGGGUCGACAGGCUAUGUCCCAAGUGCGUCAGAAUGAGGGCCUGGUCGGACGCCAUGAUCGGGAAGAUCAGGACUCUACUGAGGACGUUGCAGGAGGAUGUGGCCCGGAGGCUGGGCGCCAGCGACGGCCGGGGGGACGAGACGGAUGGGGAGGCGUCUAAGCUCGAUUCCCGGGAUCUUUCUGGGAUGGCAGCUGAACUGGCCUCCUGGAUAGCGACGCCGGAUACAACUGAGUUACCGCCCUUGGCCCCAUCGGCUCGCGACGAAGAGACUCCAGGAAGGAUUGUGGUAAGCCAAUUCCACUCUGUGUAAUCCCACGGUUCUUGAUGGUCUUGCGCCACGACAGCCAUUGCAAGAGGAGGAAAGAAAAACAUAAUAUUCUUUGAGGCAUGCUAUGGAAUAUGCGUUCCCAAGACUAGUUGGCGGCCAUGCUAAUGUGACAUGUAAGAGAAAUGAGCUCUGCGUUGCUGGGAUUUGUUUGACUUCCUCGAUGGACACUCGGAGGCCAGACUUAGCAGCACCUUUCUGAGUGCUCCGUGGGCUGUGGAAAGUGCGUGAGCUGCCUAUUAUUACCUGGGUAAACUCGUCUUGGUACAGUACAUCUUACUUGUGGUG